UAGUUUCAUGCUGGCCUUCUUGUGAGAGAGACAGUGAUGUUGAUGAACACGGGCUUCUCCUCCUCCACCAUUCAGUCAUCGAUCAGCCACCUGUAGCGGCGGAACACAUCCUCUAUGAUCCCUUCACCGAAGUGGCUUGUCAGCACUGACUCAGCAACAGCCCUCAUGCAUCUCGUCACGCUGUAUCCUUCUCCCUCUCGGUCGCUGCUCCAGUGACUGACCAUAUUCCUUAUCGUCAUUACCGCUCCAACUUGUUCUUGAUACCUCCAAACCGUUGAUCGAGAAAGUUGAAAAGAGAAAAAGAUCAUUCAGCUCGAUCAUUAGUUCACAGCUAGGCAGUGGUUCAUGUUUGUGCUACCAUGUCAGAUUCAUGUUUCUUAAUUAUGAUGAGACGUCGGUUACAAGUUUCAUUUGAAGUUCUUUCCCCGUACCUCGGAGACCAUCUCAUCUCAUUGAGAGCCGCUGCCAAGAGUUCCCACUCUUCACUCCAUGGGUCUUCUGCCCAAGAUCGUCGGGAUCAUCAGUGCUUCCAACACCAUCUCCUGUGCACGAUGCUUAAGAAAUGCCGAGAAAUCGUUCUGGAACUGUUGAAUGCCCUGCUCUCUGAUCUUGAACUCCAGCGUCCUGUCGCGUUCGUCCUCGUCUGCCUGCCUCAUCCUCUUCGGGCUGCUAUCGUGGUCCUGCUCCGGCUCUUGUCUUCAUUGCUGCAGCUGCCUUCCUCAUUGUCGAUGCUGCCUUUGCACUCCCUCCUACGGUCGUCAUCUUGGCCACUACCCAUCCGCAAUAUCGUCACAGCUGUUGUCGACCAUCGCCACUUAGGUCCAACCAGGUGUUUAAUGGCAUUGCUGGAAAGGAGCAUGUAAAGUGAGAACCAAUCUUGAGGUACAUACGUGAUAUUCUAUUAAAUCUAUUUUGAGGUACACCAUCUUUUUUUUUUUUGGGUUAUAAGGUCUGUCCUUUUCUUUAUUCCAAUGGAUUAACUAUACCAUUAAUGGAUAACUCGCUUAUGACUCUUUGACCGGGUACUGCUUCAACAAUAUUUUCUCCUCCACCUCCUCUACUCAUGCUGGCCUUCUCGUGAGAGAAACAGUGACAGUGAUGAACACGGUCUUCUCCUUCGCCAUCCGGUCCUCGAUCAGCAUCCCGUAGCGGUGGAACACAUCCUCCAUGAUCUCUUCACCGAAGUGGCUUAUCAGCAUGGGCUCGGCGAUGGAUCUCAUGGACCUCGCCACAUGGUAUCCUUCCCUGUCCUCCCCGUUGCUGCUGCUCCGAUGACCAUUUAAAUUCUUGUUGUUACCACUCCAAUUCACCUCUGAUGAGACCUCCAAAUGGUUGAUGAAGAAAGAUCGUUCCUUCAAAACCUCUGCCUUGACUUCUGAUGGGGAGGGUGUGUACUGCGGGAUGUUAAAUGCAUCCAUCUUCUCUUCUUCGAUAAGUCCCUGUGGUUUUUUCAACAAAAAAAUAGAGAUUAGGCAUAAGCGUAGUUCGUUCUAUUAUGUCAGAUUCGUGUUUCUUAAUUACUUAUGUAUGUGUCAGUUUCAGAUGACUUGACCUUCUUUAUAUCAUUUCGAGUUAGGGUUAAAAUCGAAGGCUCAUGCAAACCCUACAGUUCCAGAAGGCCGGCUAUGAUAUUAGUUUUUUUUUGUCCUUCUAACUCCAAUUUUAAAGAAAUUGUUCUCAUGGCCAAACGCGACACACACGUCCACACAAAUAUAUAUGUAUAAACACGUAUAAAAUGAUUUGUAAAGGCUCAAUGAGUCUCAUUUGUAAACUUAAAAAAUAUAUAUAUAUG